ACCUGUUGCGGUCACAGUGGCGAGCGCGUACACUGUCAGAGAAAACGUUGGCCCGAUCCAAAUGACUGAGACUGACUGAAAAAAAUGGUCUGUGGGAGAAGGUGCUCACUCUUCUGCCUAUUUAUGAGCACCUGGGCCUUCCUCAUGCUGGUUGUCCUGGGCGUCUGCUUCUCGAUCCACUCGCUGGUCCUUGUGGGUGACCUGCCACUGCCCGGAAGCUUUGCGGGUCCGGAUGAGUUCAAAGAGCUUGCCGACGAGGCGUACUCCAAGGUGGCCAUGCGCUGCUACGUCACCGGAAUCGUUUACCUGCUCUUUGUGGUCAUCUCGGCGAUUGUCUUCCAUAGGGACAACAAGCGGAGGAAGCGCCUGUACAAGAAGAGAAAACAACAGCGCUGAUGUCGAUGUCAAAGCCGAUUGGUUGAAUAAAAAAUUUCUAAUAUUUCUCAUUA